AUGGCGACUCCGUCAAGCGACGCCGGCUUCAUGAUGUCGGACGGCCCCUCAAGGCCUGCCGCGACUACCCCUAAACAGAGACAAUACCAGCGAGGUUCCUCGGCGCGACCCCGAGCACCACCUUCAGAGAGCCUGGCUGCGCCUAGCGACGACGAGGGCGACGGCUUCGCAGACGACCAAAUACCCGGUCGCACAAGACGUGGUGAUGCCUCCACUAUCCCUCGCGUCGAGGACAGGAUCGGUAUCACGGUGCAAGAACACUUCGAAAACUUCAUCGAAGAGUUUAUGGAAGACCCCCUCUCCUCAGGCGCACCAACCCCGAGCGCUGUCACCACCGACAAGUUCUACGUCGCCCAGAUCCAUAACAUGCGAGUCUACCAACUCUCUACCUUCUACGUCAACUACAGCCAUGUCGCUUCCUACCAAAACGGCGGCCUGGCCAAUGCCAUCAACACACAGUACUACCGAUUUCUACCCUUCCUCACCCACGCCUUACACAACAUGAUCGCCAAGUACGAGCCACAAUAUUUUCGAGAACAUCGACAGGCGACCACGUCCAGUAAUCAGACGACAUCGGGCGCAAGCAAUGUCGGAUCGGCUAGUCAGUCGGAAACCCAGGGCAGCAAGACGGCAAACCAGCAGACCGACAAGCUGUUCGCCAUUGCCUUCUACAAUUUGCCGCUCGUUUCAAGAGUGCGUAGUCUGCGAGCCAAGAACAUUGGCCAGCUACUAUCCAUCUCUGGAACUGUCACGCGAACGUCUGAAGUCAGGCCAGAGCUUUCACUUGCGACCUUUAGCUGCCAAGCCUGUCGAGCCAUCAUUCCCAACGUCGAGCAGACCUUCCGAUAUACCGAGCCCACACAAUGUCCAAACACGGAAUGUGGAAACCGUCUGGCCUGGACGCUCGACAUCAGACAAAGUACCUUCGUCGACUGGCAAAAGGUACGGAUCCAGGAGAACAGCUCCGAGAUCCCCACUGGUAGCAUGCCCCGAACGAUGGAUGUCAUCAUGCGUGGUGAGAUCGUUGACCGUGCCAAGGCUGGAGAGAGGUGCAUCUUCACCGGUGCGCUGAUCGUGGUUCCAGAUGUCAGCCAACUGGGACUUCCUGGUGUGCGACCUACAGCGAUCCGGGACGACCGCAAUGCCCCCCGCAAUAACGACGUUGGCGGCAGCGGAGUGUCGGGUCUGAAGUCUCUGGGUGUUCGAGAUCUGACAUACCGGCUGGCUUUUCUCGCCAACAUGGUGACGCCAGAUACUUCCACGCCCGGCCAAUCAGCCACCCGUCAAGUGAACGAUAUUCUCAACUCGAUGACACAGUCAUCCGCUGAAACGGCCGAUACUGUGGAAGAGGCACAAACCGCGGUCCUCAACUCUAUGACACCCAGCGAAAUCGACGAGCUUCGUGAGAUGGUCCACAGUGAUCACAUUUACGCACGUCUCGUUAAAUCGCUGGCGCCGACGGUCUACGGUCACGAAAUCGUCAAGAAGGGUAUUCUUCUUCAACUGAUGUCCGGUGUCCACAAGACCACGGCCGAAGGCAUGGCCUUGCGAGGUGACAUCAACAUUUGCGUAGUCGGCGACCCGUCCACCUCCAAAUCCCAGUUCCUGAAGUAUGUAUGCUCAUUCGCACCACGAGCAGUCUAUACGUCUGGAAAAGCGUCUUCGGCCGCCGGUCUUACGGCUGCUGUAGUCAAGGAUGAAGAGACUGGCGAGUUCACCAUCGAAGCUGGUGCUCUCAUGCUUGCAGACAAUGGAAUCUGCGCCAUCGAUGAGUUUGACAAGAUGGAUCUCGUAGAUCAGGUCGCCAUCCACGAAGCCAUGGAACAGCAGACGAUUUCCAUUGCAAAGGCUGGUAUCCAGGCCACCCUGAACGCCAGAACAUCAAUUCUCGCUGCCGCAAACCCGGUCAGUGGACGAUACAACCGCAAGACUUCUUUGAGGGCAAAUAUCAACAUGUCGGCGCCAAUCAUGUCACGUUUCGAUCUGUUCUUCGUCAUUCUCGAUGAAUGCAACGAAGCGGUCGAUCGUCAUCUUGCCGAGCACAUCGUCGGCAUACACGCGCUACGGGACAGUGCAAUCGAGCCCGAGUUCAGCACCGAAUGUCUACAGCGAUACAUUCGCUUCGCGCGGACAUUCCGACCAGAGUUCACCCCCGAGGCCAAGGAGCGCCUUGUCGUCAAGUACAAGGAGCUACGCGCGGACGAUGCGCAGGGCGGGGUGGGCAAGAACAGCUACCGCAUCACGGUCCGUCAACUAGAGAGUCUGAUCCGGCUGUCGGAGGCCAUCGCCAAGGCCAAUUGUGUCGAUGAGAUAGCGCCCGAUUUUGUAGACGAGGCAUUCAACCUCCUGCGCCAGAGUAUCAUCUCGGUCGAGCAUGACGACGUCGAGAUGGACGAUGACGACAACGACGACAGACCCGAGGACUCGGCGACGCUCGUGGCGGCCGCGAACCAGGCUUCCGGUGCAGGCGCAGGCGCGGCUGAGGACGAGGACGUGGAGGGGGACUCGCCCAUGGGUGACGACGACGAAGAAGACGGCGAGCCCGACGCUGAUGCCGAUGCUGCUGCUGCGCCCGCGCGGCCGAAGACGGCCAUCACGUACGAGCGGUACAUCGCCAUGGUGAACAUGAUGGUCGAGCGCGUCAACGACGACGAGGCAGCCGGCGCGGGCGAGGGCGUCGACGGCGAGGAUUUAGUGCAGUGGUACCUCGAGCAGAAGGAGGACGAGCUCGAUGGCGAGGAGGCCUACCACCGCGAGUUGGGCAUCGCCAAGAUGGUUCUGAAGAAGAUGGUCAAGGACAACAUCCUCAUGGCAGUCCGCGGCGAAGGCCUAGCCGAGGGCGGCGAUGAGGCCGAGGCGGCAGACGGUGGCCCGGAGCCCUCGCAUAAGGUCGUAUAUGUGCUGCAUCCCAACUGCGCCGUGGAGGAGUAUUGA